UAUGCGCUAACACCACACCGGGAGCAACGCAAGGCUGGCAAGCUAAUCGAACAAAUGCUUCAAUUGACAAGUUGGUGUGACAAAACAAAUGAACUGAAGCGGCUAAUAUCCGCACUGGACAUAAAUGUCUCAAUGGACGCCAUAUUCGAGGGAGGAGGAGGAGGAGAAUGAGGAGGUGAGAAAUGCCUCUUCCGGUGUGGCAGCAUGAUAAAACUUGGAACAACACGCUGCUCAAGGACGGGAGUAGUGCUUCUGGACCGGCUUCUGGACUAUUGUGAAACGUCAUUGUUUUAAAUUUUAAACUUUAAAGAGCUGACAAGCAAUGGAGGGCCAAGUGGAGGAGAAAAUGUGUGGGAAACUGAGUGCCACCUGCGUCCAGUUCAAUUCCAAGCUGAGGGGUGUCUUUACGUGGGAUCUGCUGAAGACCCUGGUCAUGGGCCAGGUCUUGUCCUUGUUGAUCUGCGGCACAGCGGUGAGCUGUGAGUACCUGGCCAUCGCCGGUGUGCAGACGCCCAUGUUGCAGAGCUUCCUCAACUACACCCUGCUGCUGCUCGUCUACACCACCAUUCUUUGCACCCACAAAGAGGAUCGCAACAUCUUUCAGGUGUUGAAGACCAAGUGGUGGAAGUAUCUGCUGAUGGGUCUGGCAGAUGUGGAGGCAAACUACACUGUGGUCAUGGCAUACCGCUAUACCACGCUGACCAGCAUUCAGCUGCUGAACUGCUUUGUCGUGCCGGUGCUGAUGCUCAUGUCCUGGUUCCUCCUGAAGACCCGCUACAAGCUGCUCCACUUCAUCGCCGUCACUGUGUGCCUGCUGGGCGUGGCCGCCAUGGUCGGUGCCGACGUCCUGUCGGGGAGAGACCAGGGUUCCACCAAUGAUGUGGUGCUGGGCGACAGCUUGGUCCUGAUCAGCGCCGUCCUCUACGCCGUGUCCAACAUAUGCCAGGAGUUCACUGUGAAGAACCUGAGCCGGGUGGAAUUCUUGGGCAUGAUGGGCUUCUUUGGGACGAUCAUCAGUGGAAUCCAGCUAGCUGCGCUUGAAAUCAGUGCUGUCAAGGAAAUCAAAUGGAACUUUCACGUCGCCAUGCUGUUUGUGGCCUACGUGCUUUGCAUGUUCGCACUGUACAGCUUCAUGCCCGUGGUGGUGAAGCGGACGAGCGCCACCGCCGUCAACCUCUCGCUGCUCACCGCCGCCCUCUUCAGCCUAUUUUGUGGCAUCUUCCUCUUCCACUACACGUUCUCGGGGCUGUACAUCAUGGCGUUCAUCUUCAUCAUGGUGGGUUUCGUCACGUUCAACGCCAUGCCCACCCACGCCGCUCAGCCUGAGCCCGACACCGCGGACCCUUCAGACCAGGAGGCUCAGAGCGCCUCGGACCGCCUGCUGCCGCCAAACGGAGACGGCGUGCCGAGAAACGGCAUCUUGAUGGUAGUCGCCGCCCUGUGACCACAGAAGAAGACUUUCUGUUCUAAGGAAAGCAGCUGGAGGUCAUCAGAGUGGUUGUGGUAUGUGGAUAAAGGCCACCGUGACAUUGUUGUUACAAAAACAAUCCUAGAAGUACUACUGAUAGAUUGUCGUGCGCCAUCAAAUCAGAGAUGUUACUGCACUGCUAUGUGGUGCUUAUGUUACACCAAAGUAUUUUCUAUUUAUACUAUUUUAUAUUCUACUCUUCUAAACGGUUUACUGUGUGGCAUGUGUUCUUUAAUCUGACCUCUUUUCAAUUAUUUGCCUUUUUUUAAUGCCACUGUUUCCAUUUCCUCGAUAGGUUUUAUUCUCCGUUUAAAAAAAACCCCAAUGACGCUGAAAGCCCUGGAGUUCUUUUAUUUUUUACUGCCAUUAUUUGCCCUUUUUCUACCACAUUUACCAAAUGUCCCGAAACUAAAACUGUACUUCUUGGAACUUUUGGUUAAUAUGAUAAAGUGGGGAAGGGGCUUUUGUUUACUGGUUAUUAUUUACUGUUAAAGUAUGAUGUUGUCUUUUCAUUUUUCUGUCUUCAUCCGAUUUUGUAACCGAACAAAGCUAUUUGAAUGUUGUAUAUUUAGGGCCCGCAAUGGCCCAUUGCAAAAGGACUCCCGAAGGGAGUCCUUAUGCAAUGGGACAUAAGGACCUAUUGUUAUUCGUUCGUUUUAUUAUUCUUUAUUCUUCCGCCGCCACAACAAACUGUAAUUUGACCCACUUAACAUGCUUCAAAACUCACCAUAUUUGACCCACACAUCAGGACCUGCGAAAAUUACCUUUUUUUAAAAAAAACGAACCCCACAACUCAAAAUUGCGCUCUAGCGCCCCCUAGGAAAAAAAAAACUAGACUGCCUAUAUCUCCCACUAGGAAGAUCGGAGAGACAUGAAACAAAAACCUGUAUGUAGGUUUGACUUAGGCCUAGUUUUCAUAAUCGUAUA